AUGGCCAGGGCCAAUGGCACAAAUGAGAGUCUGUCUUUAUCUAACAUGCAAAUCUUUAAGGUAGACCUACUAGAUCCUAUGUCCAUUUCUAAAAAUGUAGUGGGUGUGCUAAUACCCCUGUUCUUCAUCUAUGUAAACUGUGUCAUGCUCUUUGCUCUAAGAAGGAAGCCCAUAUUCCAUGAGAUGCCACGCUACAUUCUUUUUGGCCACAUGCUUAUGAAUGACUCCGUACUUUUACUGGUGACAACCAUCAUGUUUGCCAUUGCUGUGUCAGUUAUCCAAAUAACUAAAGCCAUCUGCACUCUUUUACAGUUUGUAUCCAACUGCACUUUCCGUAAUGCUCCUCUGACUCUGGCAGUGAUGUCCCUGGAACGGUAUGUGGCCAUCUGCUUUCCUUUAAGGCAUUGCAACAUCGCAACACCAAAAAUGACUUAUAUUGCGUUAGGAAUCAUCUGGUUACUUAGUUCUCUAGAUGUCAUUAUAGACAUUAUUUCUGCAUUCAUCAUUAACCCGUAUCAUUUAGCAGAGAUUUUGUAUUGCUCGCGAGAGAGAUUGUUUCCAGCCAAAUGGCAGAUGGAUAAAUCACAAAGGUUUGAUGUGAUUUAUUUUGUGUCUGUUGCAAUGAUCAUUAUUUUCACUUACAUUAGCAUUAUGGUGACAGCCAGGUCUGUUUCAUCUGAUAAAGGUUCAGCUAGGAAAGCCCAUAGAACAGUGUUAUUGCACUUGAUUCAGCUGGGCCUGUGUCUCACCUCUUUUCUGUAUGCUACAAUAGAAAACACACUGAACCUCAGAGUAGCAAACCUCAGAAUUCUGAAUUAUCUUAUUGUUCUUGUUCUGCCACGCUGUCUGAGCCCUCUGAUCUACGGUUUGAGAGAUGAUGCCGUGAGGCCCUUAUUCAAAUAUUACUUCAGCUAUCGUUCAGGCAAAUUAAGGCCCUCUGUUAAUGUGCAUUAA